AUGAAUGGCGACGAUGACAAGAGGAUAACGGUGGAGACAGAAACGGUUCAAACGCCGGCCCAAAACCUGCUGCCAGUGCAAGCGGAAGAUAAAGCCGAUGACGAAGACAUAAGUAGUAGAACACAGGGUGAAGCUCCUGCCAAGCUAAUAGACCAUAAUCCAAUGUCAUUGCAUAACAGCAGUGGAGCUAUACGCAACAAAAAGUCAAAUCUGUUCAUGGACUCGUUUCUAGGGAAAGAAUCGUCUCCCUCCGUAGCAUCGGGGAUCACCCACAAACCACAUGCAGCAGGCAGCAAUGCGCCUACAAAAGCGUAUAGGGAGUCUACCGACGACUCUGGUCUUCCUCUGCCGUCCCGGGCACUGGUGGCAGAAGAACAGAGGAUAGACGAAAAGUUGGGUGGUUCAGCAACGCUUCCACCUACACCGGGCGAGCAUCCCACAGAAGAACCUACACGCAAAAAUAGAGAACCCGCUAAAAAAUCAGAUUUCUUUGCAGCACGACUGGCAUCGGCAGUAGGUGAAAAUGAGAUCAGUGACUCGGAAGAAACGUUUGUGUACGAAUCAACUGCAACUUCCAACAAAAACGUGGUACCCGGUGAAGCACGUUCUCACGGUGUACCUACAAGGACAAGUGCACCUUUAUUAAACCAUACUUCACCAAAUGCCAACGGCUCAAAACUUUUGAAUAGGGCCAAGGCCACACGUCACACCAGCAUAGCAGUCAUUCCACCACCGGUGUCAGAACAAUCCGAUGACCUCCACAGUCUCAAGUACGUGAACCGCAACAAUCCACAAGAAAUUCGUUCUGUGCGAUCCUAUACUACAAUGCCCCAAUCUCCAGGGAAGAGACUUUCCCUAAUAUCACUCGCGCAAAAUGGUGGAAGCUCCGCGCCGCGUCGUACUUCUCGCAAAAUCUCUAACAGUGCCAAUGCGAACAACGUAAGGCGGAAGGCAUCACAUAGAAGACAGCUUCGUACUACAGCAUCUAAAAUCUUCGAUGCGCAUGGAGCCUCUUUGCGACGGUAUUCAGGCGUCCCAGACGACGUUAACUUAGAAGAUUAUAUCGAACAAACCGGUGGAGAAUUGACGCCUAACAAAUUCGCGUAUCACAGCGAUUCCGAUUUCGAAGAUGAGCCUGUUAGCUAUGCUCGCCAGGGCGAUGACGAAGAUGACACACAUUCAAUGUUUUACUACUCUCAUCCGAAGACAGAUCUAGAGGCGCGUCAGGGCUUAUCAGAUUACGAAGAAGAAGAAGCUGGUGGAGCGGAGAACGAUCGCGCAGCACAGCUAGGAUACCCUGCAGGCAUGGAGUACUACACAGAUAAUUACUUUUACCAACCGACUGAGGCCACCCCCUUAAAGAAGAAAGUCUCUCACCACACCCGAUAUUCGCCUCACAACUUUUACACAACCAAAACCACAUGGACGAAACUUAGAAAUUUCGUGUAUUUUGCAUUCGUGGUCUCAUUUCUUCUUACACUGGGAUUCAUUUCUGGAUUUUUGUUGGCAACUAACAAAGAGCUUCAUGAUUUAGAAAUUGCCAAAGUCACUUCCGUUCUGGUGAGUGCAGACGAAUUGGUAUUUGACGUCAUUGGAACAGCAUUCAAUCCGGGCUUUUUCACGGUCGAAAUCAAAAAAGUGGAACUUGACAUUUUUGCCAAGACGUCACACCUGGGAAUUGAAGGUGAUCCUCUAGGUACACAAUAUCAGACGAUUCUACUGGGUACAGUAGAAACCAUGGAGACAUCUCUACAGUUUCAAGGUGGAUUUUUUCACCGGAACUACGACAUAUCGAGAUCGAGUGUGAAGUUAGUGAAACCUGGACUUGUGGAUGAACACGGCAGACAGGGUGACGAGGAUCCAAUUGGACGCGUGAAGACCCUAGCUGGAGGAAGAUCUGAAGGCGAACCAGUCGCACAGGUGGAGGUAGAAAACGGUCUGGACAAAUGGCGACAACUGAUACGUUACGAUUUUGAGUUGAUCGUUAGAGGCAACAUGUACUAUCGGAUGCCAUUUUUCAAUAGUGAAAAAAGCGUAGGAGUACAGAGCUCGGCGAUUGUGGACCCGGAUGACGACGGGACCCACAAUAAAUUACUAAGUGAAUUGUAG